AUGGAUGACAGUGGGCCUCUUUACAACGUGCGCAUGAAGCGCGGCCAAGGGUACAAUUCUUACAUUCAAGAAGUUCGAAUCGACAAUGCCGUCUCAAUCAACAAAAUCAAGAAAUCGGGACGUACAGGUUCCUCAGUCAGCGACGCCGACACCCUUACGCCGGAGCAUGCGAGGAGUGAUUCGAUAUCAAUCGCAGCGCCAGUGCCAGCAGCGGCGCCACCGCCAGCGGCGAAGCAGGGCCUGGACAUGAACGAUAUCCUGGCAGCACUGACGGAAAGCUUGAAGAAAACCAGCGCCGAAGCUCCACAGCAACCGAAACUGCCAUACCUGCUCAAAUUGGACCCUAACGCGCGGCACAACCAGACAGUGACGUUUUCCUCCAAACAGGUCAAGAGUAUUGUUGAAAUGAACAAUGCCAUGGGAUUCAAUGCUUCAGCUGCAAUCAAAGCCACCAGCUUAGGUCCAGGUGCAGAGGCUCGAAGCAGCCUUGCAACCCGAGAUGAUCUCAACACCAACGAUGUCAAUUUCCUGGUCCAUGUCAAGGUCGUCAACGAGGCUGAUGAUCGCAAGGAAGAAUGGUCGUUCAACGAAGUUCCAGGUCUAAAUGAAGCCCUGGGAGACGACAAGGUACCAGGCGGGAUGAAAGAGGCACACGCCAGGAGUGUCGAAUUCACGCGGAUCUAUGGCGAUUGUUUCAUAUCUGAUUUCGUCGAAGGAGGUGAAAUCUAUGCCUGGGUAGGCAUCAAGUCUCAAGAUCGCAAGAACUCCAGACAGCUGGCUGUCCAUGCUUCAGCGCAAUUGACACCCAUGGGUCUGCCGGUGCAGGCUUCGGGUGAAAUGGAUGCCUCGCAGGAACGCAAUCGGCUCUUUUCCCAAGCGACGACUUCCAUUCGGAUCCAGUGGCGAGGUGGCGGCCAGAUCAAGAACCAUGACUUCCCCUGGGGCAUGGACAGCUUGAUCCUGAUUGCCAAUGCUUUCCCUUCGAUGGUGGCAGUGAAGCCUGCGAAAAUCCGAGCUGUCUUGACACCAUACACGGCUCUGAAAAGCUUCCAUGACCACCGGCUGGCCAAUCCACGAAUACCUCUGCCGUUAACUUACGAUCAUUGCGCCAUCUAUACCAGCACGCUGUAUGAAGACUUCAUGGCGUUUCAAGACCUGUGUGAGAAGCUGAACGCCAUGAUCAAGGACCCACAGGACUACCGGAAUCGCGACGAUGACAAAACCAAAAUGAACACCCAGAAGGCUGCUCUUCAGAAUGGAGAAGCCCCUCCUGGUACGAGACGCAAUACCAUCGUCUCUCUGGACAUGAAUGACCCAGCUUCAGACGCCUGGACAGAUCAGAAGACUCGGGCGCUCAUGGAUCUCGACGUCAUCCUCAGAGAUACAAGCCCAAAGCUCACUAACAUGGACCCCGAUCCACAGAAACUUAGCAUGAUGAGACUCCUCUGUCGCUCUUCCAUGAUCUAUAUCCAGGAACAGGCUGCUGCGCUGGUCGUCGACCCGGAGAAAUCCAUCACCAAACACGACGAAAAGCAUCGACAUGUGUACAGUCUUCCCAAGUAUAUCUGCCCGGGUGUCAUUCAAAGCAUAUUGCCAGUCCCCAAGCUUGAUAAUAGUGGAAGGGAGUGGCGCGAUAAGGAGAUUGAAGACUUGCAAGGCGUGGAGCAUAUCGCCAACGACCCGGUGAACUACUGGUGGGAUGUGAUCGGAGAGCCACUGUCUCCAUACAAGAGUUACGAACACUUCGCAAUUGGCAACUUUGACCUCGACGACGAAGAGUACCCUCAGCGAGUUGCUGUGCAGCCUUUUGCAGCCGGAUGGUAUCACAGCCAGCGUAUUAGGGACAGUAAUAACGCCAUCAGCGGCAUCGGCAUCGGGUAUGCAAACAGAAAAUCACCUUCCCACCACAAUACCAAGUCAGUCGAGGCCGAGGAGUCCAGAGGAGUGAAAAAAGCCAGUGUAGAAGAACGCUCCACCAUGUUCGCGAACAUGUAUGUCGGGUCCAAACCGGCGGAAGCACGCUGGAAACCGAUUGAAGACCGCAACCUCAGCGCUUCCUCCAUCAAUCGCGUCCAUGUCUACUACCGUCCGGGUGCUGGCCGGAUUGAAGGCCUCGAGUUCUUGUCCGAUCCUAAUCCCGCGGAUUUCAACGACGACGCCAAGAGAGUGAUCCCGGUGUUCAUCCACAAAGCAUGGGAUCCAGAUGCGACUGCAGAAGGCAGCAUGACAGCGAAAUUGCCGGAUAAGAUGGAGAAGCAGGCGCUAUUUCCGGGCGAUAAUGUCUUGGAUGAGAAUAUGGACAAGAAUUGGAUGUUUGCCGGGUUGAUGGGCGCAUUUGAGAAGGUCGGACCUCCGGGAAUGGGGAGGUUAAAGAGUGGCAGGGUUUUGGUCAAAGUUGCAGUCGUGUGGAAGAAGCGGCCGGGAAAUUCUUGA